UUUUUUUGAAUUCGAACCCGACUCUGACUUUUUUUCUCGAACUGACCCGUCCCUGAUUCUGUGUCGUCUAAUGGAUGCUUAUUUUGUUUCAAUAGGUUUUUAUUUUGUCCACAAAUUCUGUCCGCAAAUAUCGCUGAUUCAUUCCUCUUUCUUUCUAAUAAAUAAUUUGGUCAUUUUUGAUCAAUUUAUAUUAAUUUUAUUAUGCAAAAGGAAAUAAUAAAUAUAAAGAUGAACAGAUAUAGAUGAAUGAUGGAUUUGGUGAAUAUAUUGGAUAAAUUUGGGAGGAAAGAAGAAUGACAAAAAGGAAAAAAUAAUAAUUUUUCGAUCACACACACACAACUAAUAAUCAUCACACAAAAAUUUCUUUCCCGUUAUUUUAUUAAAUUAAAUCCGGGAAUUUAUGUUUAAAAUAAAUCUUUGCUUAUUUUUGUUUUCGAUUAUAUUUUGGGUAAAAUUAAAUGCUCAAGAAGAAUGGCGAAAUCAAUGGCAACCUAAUAAAGUAACUUUAAAUGAACAAAGGAAGCAUAUUGAUGUUGAUACAAGGUGGUUAGAUAGAGAAUAUAAAGAAAAGACUGGUCAAACAGUUCAAAAGGUUGGCUUAGAUGCUAGCAAUAAAGAAAGAGCUAUAGUAGAUUUAAUUACUGAACAAAAACAAUUAAGUGCUUCAGCACAUGGAAAUGUAGCUAUAGCAGAAUCGAGUGUUCCUGGACAGAGAGCACAAGUCCAAAAAUUUGGAGAUAAAGGAGGGCUUGCUCAAGGAUAUUCAACGGAGAAGGAGAUUCAAGUAAUUAAUUUUAGUGGGCAACUUCGAGUUAAAGAAGACGGAGAAGGCAAACAUGCAUUAUUAAAAGCUGAUGGUCAAUACGAGUUGGAUACUUUAUCGAAAGGAGGAAAAGAUGAUAAAGAUGGGGAAAAAGAAUUUCAAGCUCGUAAUGAUCGCUUCGAUUUUCGAUUAACGCCGGCUGAACAAAAUGAGAAGCAGGGGCAUGGAUUGCUUUCUUUUGGGGAUAAUGAAAAAGGCAAAAAAGGCUCAUAUGAAUAUGCAAUAGUGCACAAAGACAAAAAUCAUGUCGAAGCCCAACUUAGUUCCAAAGAUGCCUAUUCUAAUAGAAAUGAUUUAUUGGGCUCUUUAUUUGGAAGAAGAUCCGAAAAAUAUUUUUGUACAGCGGAGACCCCCGGAGUUUCUCAAUGUUAUGAUGCACAAGGGAGAAGUGCUGGUAAAGUUGUUGCUGAUAAAAAUGGAAAUGCUGUUGUUUAUAAUGAAAAAGAUGUUCCUAUAGGGACUGGAUCCGUAAGGAAGGUUUCUGAAAGAAAUUAUGAGGCAGUAAUCAGCAAAAAUUUAUUUAUUACACGAUUAAAAGAUGCACGUAGAGGGCCUUGUUGUAGAGAAUUUACUGGCCAUGAUUGUGUUGAACAGAUAAAAUUAGCUAAUCCACAAUUUAGUCAUCCACAAGAGAGAGAUGAAAAUGGCAACUUACAUUUAACUUGGCCAGAAUGUUUUGAUAUGUCUAUUGAUGUUACACUUCCGCCUAGUAUGUUUAUAUUUAUGAAAACCUAAAAUCAUAUCUCCUGUUAUAAGGGACGGGGAGAUAAGGACAUUUAUUAUUGUCUCUGAUAAAGGGAAGGGACGGAGGAAGGUAUUUAUGAUAAAGGAGUGAAAAUUCUUUGUUAACAAUAUAAACAUUUAGAUAGGGGAGUAUGUGAAAUAAAGAGUAUCUCGAAGAGACAAGCAUGCUCACGCUACUUAAUAACCGUCUAUUUAAAAU